UGUGUAAAGUACGAUGAGUCCGUGAAGGCAUCACGUGAUUGACAAUCCCGCAGUCUAAUCCCGAGAGCGAGGAUGCACAGCAGCGGUGAUGUGUGUGGAACGAACAUCGGCUAAGUGCUCCCUCCGACUGUGAGAGACCAAACCCGGCUAACACCCCCAGACACCACUUUGUUCUUUUUGUUUUUAAACCCGAAACCGUCGGCGUCGAUCGCCACAAAUCAAAUCCAGACCGGGACUUCGCAGACGUGACGUCGGGACAAUGGAAUCCAACGUGAUCCCGGACAGCAUCCGCCCUCAGAGGCUGCAGCCGGGCAUCGGCUUCGGUUCUGGACCGACCGGGACCCUCCGCUCCUCCCUGCGGCCCGGCGUCACGGUCCCCGUCGCGCCGCUGUUGCCCUCCCCGGCCUCUCUGGCCGCCUCCUCGGGGCCUCCCCCGCCGCUGGCCCCGCUGCAGCUCCACAGCCUGUACGGCGGCAUUGGAGCGGGGCUCGGGGCCGCCGGCCACUGUAACCCGGGGAACCCGGCGGUGCUGAAGGAGGCGGUGGAGGCGGUGGUCCGCAGCUUCGCCAAACACACGCAAGGUUACGGCAGAGUAAACGUGGUGGAAGCCUUGCAGGAGUUCUGGCAGAUGAAGCUGACCAGAGGCGCCGACCUGCGGAACGGAGCCCUUGUUGUUUAUGAAAUGGUCCCAUCCAGCAGCCCGCCAUAUGUUUGCUACGUCAGCCUUCCCGGGGGCAGCUGCUUUGGAAGUUUCCAGUUCUGUCCCACCAAGGCAGAGGCCCGGCGCAGCGCUGCCAAGAUCGCUCUGAUGAACUCUGUGUUUAACGAACAUCCCUCUCGACGCAUCUCGGACGACUUCAUUGAGAAGAGCGUCAGUGAGGCCCUGGCGUCCUUCAAUGGAAACAGGGAAGAGGCCGACAAUCCAAACACCGGAAUUGGGGCAUUUCGCUUCAUGCUUGAGUCCAACAAAGGAAAAUCCAUGCUGGAGUUUCAGGAGCUGAUGACCGUCUUCCAGCUGCUGCACUGGAACGGGAGUCUCAAAGCCAUGAGGGAACGACAGUGUUCCCGACAGGAAGUGCUGGCUCACUAUUCCCACCGUGCCCUGGAUGACGACAUGCGCACUCAGAUGGCCGCCGACUGGGUGAACCGAGAACAGAGCGUGGCGAGCACCGUGGCGCAGGAGGUGGCGUCGACGGAGCGAGAACUGGAGGACGCCCGGCUGGCGGGCCGAGAACUGCGUUUUUACAAAGAGAAGAAAGACAUCCUGAUGUUAGCCGUGGGCCAACUCAAUGCUGCCAACACGGCCACGCUGCCCUCUCACUAAACCUGCCUUCUCACUCCGAAGGAUCCCUGGUAACAGUAUUAACCGCUUCGUAGAUAUAAAGGCGCUUUGUCUGAACUUUUAGGUUUUGCAUCUUGUGUUUUCUUUACGAGGACCAGGUAAUCGGGCCUUGAUUUACAGUGUACACAUCCGUCCACAGCAUCAAGUAAUGCCGCUAUGGGCGUUACCUCUUUGUGCCUAGUGAUGCAGGAUAACAGUGUUUGUUUGUUUUUUUACCUGUGAACUUGCUUUGCAUUCCAACUGACGUGGGUUCAUAUUUUUCAUUAUUUCAUGCUGUACUUACAGAAACACGCAGUGGGCCUUUCAUCAGUGAAUGUACGGGACAUAAGUUAGUACAUUUAAUCAAUGUAUGGACCAGCUUUUUCAAGUUCUUUUGUGUGUUUACUUACUUUGUGUAUAAUAUUUUAGACUCCGGCUAGUAAAGAAGGUAAAAGCCAAUUCAAUAUAUAUGUAUAUCAAUAAUCAGAAUAUAAAGAAAUAUCACAAGAAGAAAUCUUUAACAGGAUUUACGAUCCCACCUUAUAACCUCUUCCAAAAAACCCCUGUUAGAAUGACAUUACAGUGGAAUAUGUGCAAGUUGCAUUUUCAAAUUGUACAAGAAAUCCCAAUUGUGUUCAAGCAUUUCAAACAUUGUUAUUAGCGUAUGUAAUAUCUUUUGGGUACUUUGCUAAAAUGUCAGCAGGUGACUGACAUCAGCUCAGGUUUUGAAAAACAUCAGAUAUUGAACCAUCACUAUGAUUUAUUAUUUUCUUUUUUAAGGCAUUUGACUAUUUUAAUGUGCAUUGUUUGCUUGGUGACCUUGACACUAGCUGAAUGUAUACUUUCAGUGUGCUAUCAACUAAAGGAUUUGCAAGGUCAUGCUGUUAAACAUUUAGAUUAUUGAUCUACUCUUGGGACUCAGCUUUGGUUGGUCAUGUGCUGCAUUCACAGGAGUUCUAGUAGUGGUUGCUUAGGAGACUAAAGGUCGGCUUCUCAGCGGAUUCAAAGCAUAGAGGGGAUUCCUGGUAAAAUGUUAAGCAAACUUUUGUUUUAAACAAGCUAGUUCGUCCUAUUUAAGUCGUUGUGGUCGAUUCAAAAAACGCUCAGCACUUGUGGUUUACGUUUUCUUCUACAUAAGGGAAGGAAAAUCUGUUUGUUAGCAGUACUGGUGUACAGCCACAGGCUAAACACAAUGUAUCACAAUCGCACUUAUCACCUUUUAAAAUGCUCUUAUUUUGAAGGACCUGGUUUUGUUUAUGCUGCAAAUGUGAUAUCUUUAUAUGUAUCUACGUUUAUUGAAUACAUUACACGGAUGAAGGCAUUUCAGUGAAGCCUUUUGAGGAUCCCAUAUAAUGGAAGUGAGAGUUUAACUGAAACCACCUGUUUCAGUUAAACUCUCACUCUUGGAUGGAAAUGUGGAAACAGAGUUUUUCAAGUUAAGCGGCGGAGGGCUCAUUCUCACCGCUGAAUGCUGGAUUGUCAACAGAAAAAAACGAUUAUGCUCAAUUUAGGGAUACAGCAAAUAGAAAAAGCCGCAUUAAUGCAGUGUGAUUAGAGCUAGAUCAAAUUUAAUUAUUUUUAGUACUGUUUCUCUUCCCGGGGAUCAUUGUGCCUUCAUUAAAAUGGUUGCAUGCAACAGCUAAAUUAAAUGAGGUCUUUAAAAGAUGUUCUACUCUGCUUUACCAUGUUUUUUUGUAUUAAAGUGUAAAGUCCAAAUUAUAGAUUACAUGCUAUAUUAAUGUUACAUAAAGUUACUUCAAAAGGAAUAGUUGGACAAUUGGGGAACUUUGCUCAAUUCAAUUUUGGUUAGACAAGAAGAUUGAUAACGUUUUCAUGUAUGUGCUUCACAUAUAAUGCUUCAGCUGGCUAAAUGUCAAACUAUUCCUUAAAUAAAUAACAUGACAUUAGAUUAUGAAGGAUGUAUUAUAUUGUACUACCGUUUGGAAUAUUUUUGUUAUCAUAUAUUGUUUGAUUGGUACUUAUAAAAUAUGUUUUCUAUUCUAAGUCAUUUGUCCUAUUGAAAAAGACAGUUAUAUUAAGCAAAUACUGAACAUUUCAGACAUUUCAGACUUUAAAAAAACUUUUGUCUCAUGCUACAAGAAUCUCGAACAGAUCCAUUUUCUGAACUCAUCAAUGACUUUAUUGUCCCAUGAACCAAUUUGGUUGAAUCUGAAAAGCUGAAAUACAAUUAUGGGGGCUGCAGAACUUGAAUCGUGUGUUGUAGGGGUUCUUCGUAUGUUUUUUUUGUUGCAUUCCAUCUACGUGCUUAUUGUGUGUUGGAUUGUUUCACCAGCCAUUAAUCUCAGAGCUCUUCUCACAAAUGCCUUUGACCUCAUAAAUGAAGGCUUUGGCUUUGACGCAUGAUAAGUUGAUUUAGUCUGCUUUUAUGUGUUUUAUACUCUAUACAUAAUUGUUUUAUAACGUUUGUAAGGGCCCUUAUUGUAUGUAUUUUCUAUGAACAUUUUGUAUUCUGUGUUUAUACUUUUCUUAGAUUUAUAUGAUGAAAUAAAAUGGUUGAAAAAAUGUUUA